AUGACCAAAUACAAAAGAAUGCGCUUAGCAGGGUCACUACUUUGUGGCCAACCGACCAACAUGACCCCACAAUCAACAGCAGCAUUCGAGACCGAGAACCCUGAGAACGAUGCGAUAGAAUUCUCUUCGGAUUCAGAUGGAGAGCCCAUGCUUGAGAAAUGGCACGAUGUGGUUAAAGCGAUAGAGACGACAACUCGUGAGGCCUUCUUUGACAGUCCCUCAUUCGACUCCUCUCGGGUCGACUUCAAGUCUUAUUGGCACAGGGUGUUUGCUGGUCUUCAGGAUUCCCUCGCAUCAAACCCCAAUAUUCCCGAAUUCCUAACAGCUCCGCCUGUUAAAAAGUUCACCAUUACACUCUUCGAUGAGCCUGGGGUCGGAGGCUGCCCGUGUUGUCUUCCUGAUGUCACUCCCAAUAUUUCUCUUGAGAACAACGAUGGAGUGACCAAGGGUGACUUGAUAAAUGCUUUCAAGGAAUACAUGUAUGGCAGUGGUUCACCAGAGAUCCAUGCUGCAUACGAUACGAAGCCAUCAAAAGGCGAGAUAGGAGGGUUGGUGUAUUCUUCCGAUUGGAUGAGCUGCGGGUAUGAUGGACAAGAGGGAGAAAAGGCAGUAUUUCGUGAGGAAGAACCGAACAUUGUCCUGUAUUGUUGCGGGAGCGAAAGGUUCAAAGAGAAAAUCGAGGUUGGAGAGCAAACCGAAGGGGUUGAACAACAGACGGAGAAAUAG